AUGGCUGGUCAGUCGAAGCCCACGCUCUCUCCGUGGGGCAGCGCCGUUGCGGGUGCGACUGGUGCGGUUCUUGCGAAUGCUAUGGUCUACCCUCUUGAUCUUGUCAAGACGAAAUUACAAGUUCAAAUCAAGAACGCGGACGAGCUAGAAAAGCCGGAUUCGACAGACGAUGUGCACUACAAAUCAACCUGGGAUGCGAUCACAAAAAUCAUGGACAAGGAGGGGGUAGAAGGCUUAUACUCGGGCAUGGCUGGAUCACUUAUCGGCGUCGCUUCUACAAACUUUGCCUAUUUCUACUGGUACAGCGUUGUGAGAACGCUCUACAUGUCAUCGAAGAGCGUACCCAAGCCCCCGGGAACGGCUAUCGAACUCAGUCUUGGUGCAGUGGCUGGUGCCGUUGCCCAAAUAUUUACGAUUCCCGUUGCUGUUAUCACCACGCGGCAGCAAACGCAACCGAAAAAUGAUAAGAAGGGUUUGAUUGAAACUGGUAAGGAGGUGGUUGACAGCGAGGAUGGUUGGUCCGGUCUAUGGAGAGGCCUCAAGGCGAGUUUGAUCCUCGUCGUGAACCCCGCCAUCACGUACGGUGCCUAUCAACGCCUCAAGGACGUCAUUUUUCCCGGGAAAAUCAACCUUAAACCGUGGGAAGCGUUCCUUCUCGGUGCUCUGUCCAAGGCCAUGGCCACAAUCGCAACUCAGCCACUUAUCGUUGCCAAGGUUGGCCUUCAAUCGCGCCCGCCUCCAGCUCGCAAGGGGAAGCCCUUCAAGACAUUCAGUGAAGUCAUGCGGUUCAUAAUCCAGAAUGAGGGACCCCUAUCACUGUUUAAGGGCAUUGGACCCCAAAUCCUCAAAGGACUUUUGGUCCAGGGUCUCCUGAUGAUGACCAAGGAGAGGAUGGAACUCAUCUUCAUCGUCUUUUUCGCAUACCUCAAGGGCCUCAAAGACAAGAAGCUCCGCAAGGUCGUGGAUACAGCGGCAUCCAAGGCGCAAGCCAGCCGUCCAGCCACUUUGAAAUAG